GCCAUUUUGCUUGAGUCCGAGUCCGGCUACGGCAGUCCACGAAGAGGGACGGGGUUUUUCCUACAUUACACAACUUUUAUAGUCUUAUAAAACCUGAACUGGUAAUGAACACCGCACACUUUGUUUGCAUAAAAUCUUUAGCUGUUACACUUUAGUGUGAAAAUACCGAAGUGAAUAUCAGGUAAUUACGAAACAAACAGCUGUCUUUACAUUUAGCUAACGCUAACGAUAAGGUCGCGAAAAAUUGGUGCUUUAGGUAGGCCUCUGUUAUUUCAAGCUUCCAGGGCAAUAUUUAGCUCAGGCUUAAAUAACAUAGCAUUUUACCCGGCGUUUAACGUUAUUUAGCUAACAUUUUUCUAUUGUUUGCCGACUAGUUUCUUUCCAUCACAGCUGGGAAUCGUUCAUAAUUCGCCCCAGCUAGCUUUGGGCUACUUAUUAUUAUUCAACAGUAAGUAUGUGAUUGUUUUCUUGAUUGUAUUGGUUUUUAAUUCUUGACCAUUCGUGUCUUGAACCAAUAUUGAAGGUGACCUGAAAAUUAUGCUAUUUGUUAGGUAACGUCGGUUCUAGUCAGCUGUCUGAUAUUUUACUCGGAACUUAAGCUAAUAUUAAGGACAGUUGUUGUUGUGGUCCCAUGACAGUAUUUGUUUUACUUAUGUAACGUACGUAAUGUGAAGCACUAAGUUUGUGCGUAAUUAUUUUCUCUUUUUACUUUAGCGUAAUCGUAACUUCAGAGUGCUAUUUUCCUUUUACUUAAAAUGGACGACAGAGUUGUUCCUCAAGCUGAUCGCCAUUGUCGAACUAGGGCCUUGUCUAGAGUACUUAAACAACCCAACCGGUGUGUACUCCGGAAAACUGCUAAUUUUGUUGUUCUUUACUCUGUAUUAGGUACUUGAUACACACAAACAUGGGUUGAUAAUGCAGCGUAUUGACAGUGUGUCUGUCCACUGAGCUGGAUCCCUAUGAUAACCAAAAUCCAGUUUGCCCUGGAAUCAUUAUUGGAAGCAUAUUUGUGUUGUGAUGCUGUGCCUCUGUGUCGAAAUGUCCAAUUGUCUCCUUUGUACUUGUGCACAAAUGUCUGUCUCUCAAUAACACCUUUUUUCAGUUUCCUGGGAAGGGUUUUUGAUUGGUUUGUAGGUUUUAAAUCAUCCUCGUGGCCCUUUGUGGGGAUCCCUGGAUAUGGAUAGCUUGCCCCCCCCCCCAUGAGAAUACAGUGGCAGAAGAUUUUUUUUCUUCAGCAUUGGUAAUCAACAGCUGAAAAUCUCUAGAAGCUUGAAUUUCCUGCCCAUUUCUUCUACCGCCAUCACACAAAUGCCACCAAGCCCAAGAAGAAGCUGAGGAUUUUUUUUCCCACCUACCCACACUUAUCCCCUUUUUGCCACAUCAGUUAAAGCACUUUUGGAUCUAUUUUUUCUUUCCUGGCUGUUUAUGUUCCCCUGUUUAUUUCUUUCAUUAGUUACACCAAUUAAUUAAAAACAGCAUUUAAAAAAAAUCCCCAAAGGACUCUUUUGCAACCACCAUCAGUAAUAUUUAGCAGUCUGGCGGAGAUAAAGAUGUCUCAGAGAAGGGAUGUCGUAGGAAGACAAGUGUCUCUGGGCGACCCACUCCCCUUUUCCUCUUAUCUCAUGGAUCAAGUGUUCCUUCAGGACUCCAUACCACCACGGAGACACCCUGCCAGCAGUGCGCUCCAGAGGGAGACGUCUUCUCAGCCACCUCAGGGAGAGUCCUGUUGGACCUGAAGAGAACCGCCUGCUGGGUUUAAAGUUCAUUGCCUCAUCACCUCUGCCGCUCAAGACGCAUACCAGCAUUACCAUGACCAACCAUGGAGAUGACUGCUACUUCUUUUACUAUUCCACCUGCACCAAAGGAGACAGCUGCCCAUUCAGACACUGUGAGGCAGCUAUGGGAAAUGAGACAGUCUGCAACCUAUGGCAGGAGGGACGCUGCUUUCGGACCAUCUGCAAGUUUCGCCACAUGGAAAUCACUAAAAACCGAAAGGAGAUACCUUGUUAUUGGGAGAACCAGCCAGCCGGCUGCCAGAAGCCACACUGUGCCUUCCUCCAUGAAAAGGGCCGUUACAUUGACGGUGUCUUCGUCCCCCCUGAUAAAAGUUUGAGCAAGAACGAGGAACAGCCACUCGAGGAGCCAGCCGCUGCAGCCAAUCCCCAGCUUAGAAAAGGAAUUAAGACAGAACCUCAGGAGCCAGUACCAAGCCCUACUCACCCCCCAGUGGUGAUUAAUCCAGCUGAUGAUGAUGAGGAUGAAGAUGACCAGUUCUCAGAGGAGGGAGAGGAUGGCAAGUUCAGCCCUUCUCCUAGAAAGCUACCCAAAUCAGAUGGCUCUCUGAAUUUUGGAGUGAGCACCCUGGAGGAGAUUCGGCUGAGGAAGGCCCUGAAGGCCAGCAUGAAGAGAGCUGGUUAUUCCGUCCAGAGUGCUGAUACCUCGGCCAACGGAGAGAAAGAAAAUAUCCAGUCACUUUUUCGACCAUCCCCCUAUGAGGCCAAAGAAGAAACGGGGAAACCAAGAGGCAGUGUGGCUGAAAGGCUUGGAAGGAAGAUGCCCGUCACCUGUGGACAAGGUGUUUCAUUGAAAAGGAGUCUGGCUGAACGUUUAGGGAGAGUUGUGGAUGAAGAAGAGCCAUUAAUGCCCCCCCAGACAGCUUUGAAGUCUGUUAAGGAAAGACUUGGAUUGCCUGCUGCUCUUGUGAAACCCACUCACCCAGCUGAGACCAAUGUGGAGUCAAAGGAAGCUCCUGAGCAGAUCCGCAUCAAAACUCUGGAGGAGAUCAGACAAGAGAAGGCAGCAAAGUCUCAGUGCCAGAGCCAGAACGAUCCCCAUACAGUCAUUGGUCAAGGUAGCACUACAACCAACACUACCAAAGCUACUAAGAGUGUUAAGCGAGCCAUCACCAUCAGAGAUGACUCAGUUGGACACGUCAAAACGUUCUCUGAGAUCUUGCGAGCCAAGAAGAAAAGGCAGGAAGAGCAACAGGAACAGAACCCCAGCCCGAAGAAGGCAAAGCUUACUGUGGUGAAAGCUCAGGGCAAUUGCCAGUCAGAGUCAAACACAGCAGGGUCCGGUCCUGAGGAUGCAAAUGUGGGGGAAGUUAAAGUCAAAACCCUGGAGGAGAUCCGCAGGGAAAAGGCAGUGAGGAUACAGGCUCAACAGGCCCUGGAGGCUGAAAGUAAGAAGAGCUCUGACACUGAGGAGAAUAGUGUUAAGAGGCCUCGUCUUCUGCGCAUUAACAAGCAGGCAUCCCAAACAGGCAACAUCACAACAGAGAAGAGUGCCGAAGUGACAGUUAAGCCACUGAAAACUCAAACUGCUGCUCCUGGGACCAGCCAGACCACCAGUAAUAAUGUCAAGGUCAAGACCUUUGAGGAGAUCAUGCGUGAGAAACGCCUUCGCAAGCAAGAAAUGGAGCAGGACAAAAGCUCAGCUGAAGCAGAGCCUUCUCAAAAACAGACUACUGAUGGACCCCUGAAAAGGAAGGCUCCUUUGAAAGACAGUUUUACAUCACCUGGCUCCUUGUCACCUCCCUCCGCCGCUCAGACCCCUGACGCUACCCCCGUCACCCAAAAGCUCCCUGUUCGUAAACUGAUCCCCCUCAAACCCAAGGCUGCUUCACCUUUGAACAGCACUGCUCCUCUUGGUACAACAGUUGCCGCUGUUACAGCUGUGACCUCAGUCCCUGUGAAGCAAAGAUCCUCUCCACGGGGAGGGAAGACUGAGUCUGACUCGCAGGGCCUCAGCAGCUCCAGGGAGGUCCCAGACAAAAACACAAGAACCUCCACCGCACCGUCACCAACUAAGCAGUCCAGAGCAGCUCUUCAGGGUCCCACUGCAGAGGCUCCUACUGCUGAUAAAACACUGAACAAUAAUCAGAAGAAAUCCCCAGAACACACUACAGACACCAAAGUGAGGCCCAAGCUGAAUGUGAAGCCAUCUGUCAUGAAGCCUGCAGUGCAGGUGAAACCAGGCCAGAAGAGGAGGGGAGCAGAGCGAUCUGCUGUUGCUGCUGUGAAACCUCUGAACAGCACCUCCACAGAGGUGGAGGAGCCACUGCAGGAGACAGUUUGCAGAGACGGGCAGGUGUUUCCAUCAUCCAGUGCAGAGGCUCAGCAGAGCUCUGCUGUUCCCUGUAGUCCCAGCACCCUGCUGGACUUGGGCUCCAGCUCCAGCCCACUGAGAGAAGAGCUCCAGACUGUCCCUGUCUUUAAACAGAGUCCGAGCCAGGAAACCAAGGCGACCGGUGUCAGUGUUGGUACUUCCAGAGAGGCCUGCGCAGUCCCCCAAAGCCCAGUUCCGAAGACACCCACCCAACCCAAGACACGGAGACAGAGCGCAGGUGUGCCCCGCACCUUCUCCACCUCCAGCGCCACUCCCUCCACCUCAGCUGUGGACGACUUCGAAGAGCUGAUGAACGAGUUCACUGACGAUCAUCUGGAGGAAGACGUGGACCCUGGUAUCGGAGAAGACGACCUGCUGCAGGAACUGUCCGAGAUGAUUGACAGCUGAGGGCUCCAUAAAGCACAACCUACAACCUGUCUCAUGAUUCUGUUUUACAAGAAGUGAAGACCAUCAUCCAACUUACUCUCAUGAAGCAUCUUAAAAAACCUUUUUUUCUUAAAACUUAAACCUGUUGUUAUAGGUUCACAUUUUUUUGUUCUUAACAUUUUAGCCAUCCUCUCUCAUAUACAAGCCUUUUUCAUUUCCUGCCCAUAUGAUCAUCGUAUGGCCCAGGGACUAAUAAUCUGUAGGGCCUUGAUUUUUGUUAUUAUGUCUGUUUAUGAUCAAUGUCCAAUAUUUCCAGAAAAAAUGAAAAGGCUCUGAUUUUGGGAGUUGUUGUUAAGAACAUCCUGAUAUUAUCAAGAUAUCCUGGAUGAUAAAUGUUGGGAAUGAUGAAUGCUUCAUUUUAGAGAGAAGUCAUAUUUGUAUAUUGAGUAUGCAAGGACAAGAGCAAGCUGAAUAUAGAAAUAAUGAAUACUGCUGCACUUAACAGUAGCCUGUCCCCUAAUACUUGUGUUUUAGUUUUUAAAUUUAUGAUGGACAAGACUGUUGUUGCUCAGCUAGCCACAUUUACAUGCAUCGGUUUUACUUAAAUGAUGACCCUGUCAGCAAAGGUCAGAACCCGAGAGGAAGAUAAUGACUGAUGAUCAGUCAUGUGAACAGGAGGAUCACCUUGUCUAACAGGUGUAUAUGGUUAAUAGAUUUUUUUCCACUCAGAUCUUAUUGAGUGCACCUUCUGCCUGUGACUUUCCCUCACCGCCACCUAAGUCGUUUUUAUAAUAUUUGACUGAAAUGUGUGUAUAUUUUUUUAACCAGUUCUUUUAUUCGGUGGGCAAACUAAACACCUAGUCUGGGAUAAACAUUUAACUGCUCUCUGGUUUUGUUAAUGAGCACCUCAGGGACUGUUUGUAUGUUCUUUAUAUGAUUGACAAACACUGUAUUUCAUUUCAACAAUGCUGUCUAGUUUUUUUUAAUUAUAAUUACCUGUUUUUGCUUUUGUGUCAGCAUCAUUUUAUCAAUGUGGUCUGAGAUGAGAUCAGAUUAUUUUUCUGUCUUAAUGUGUUUGCUCUGUUGUGACCCUUUUCCUCAAGCUGUUCAAAGUGACUUGUACAAAUUGUUGUGUAAAUAAAAAAAAAAGGUUUUAAUGAC